AUGGUUAAAAGCAAGGACACGGUUAUCGACGAAUUCAAUGAGCUGGUCAACAUGACCCCCAACGAGCUUCGCGACUGGCUCCAAGAGGAACAGUCCCAAUCCUCCGGCUGGAACAAGGAUAGUGAGUCAGGCGAGACGAUCGGGCAUGAGAGUGGUCGCAAAAUCGUGGACAUUCUCGAAAGCAACCCAUCCAAGGAUGCGUCCAAGUACUCGGAUGAGGACAUCAAUCAUAUGCGGAGGGUGGUGUCGUACUGCAAGCGGCAUCUGGCCCAGGAGGAGACCGCAAAGCAGAACACCGAUAGUAAGAGCUAUCGGUCUUUGAAAAACUGGGGCCAUGACCCGCUGAAGGAGUGA